AUGUUCUGGCACAUCACCCUUACGAAUGGCUCAGAUCUCGUCAAGAUUGAGGGGCUCCUCUCCUCGUCUCCAGACCUCGGGUCAUACGUCCGCCGCCUCUCUAUAUUGACAAGCGAACCAUCCACCUUGCUCAGCCUUCGUCUAGUAGACCGGCUAGAUUACGAGUGGGCUCAACUUCUUCUCAAGCUCGAUAGGGUCGAAGAUCUCACGAUCAGAAGGCUGUACCCUGACAGUUUGAGUGAAGACGUCAAACGGGAUUUGUCGAAAUAUCUAUCUAACAUCAAGAGAUUAUAUGUGGAGGAUCUAUCAUGGUGGAAACACCAUGAGAUGUUUUGGUUCUUAUGCGCAUUCAGCAAGCUUACUGCUAUUAACCUUGUCGAUGUGCAAUUUCCUCUAUCAGAUAUGCCAGCUCUCUCUGAUGCACCAGCCAUCACGCCGACAAGUGCAGUUGCCAUCGAUACUCUCGCAACGAUGCAGUCCCAUGAUUAUUUCCUGCAAUGGCUUCUCAAUGGCGCAUUCCAUCUACAGCUGCGCAAUUUGCAAGUACGAUUACCAUCUUCGCUCAGAACUUCACGAAGCCACGAGCUAGUCUCAUCUAUAAUCAGUUCCUCCCACUCAACUUUACGGGCUCUUGUCCUUGUUGAUCCCAGGUUAACAGCGGUGGCAGACCACGAAUCCUAUUAUCGUGACGCGCUCGCUGGCAUCAUCAACCUGACUUCGCUGCAUCUCAAAUACAUAUAUUCAGAUGAAAACUUCGACUCCUUUUGCUCACACAACAUACUGAACGUCAUUAGUGGCAUGACCUGUUUUCUCCGCUGGCUCACUCCAAAUCCUCAUCUACGCCGAUUGCAGAUGAGUUUCAAGCCCAUAAGUUGGCGCCAUCGCUUCGACCGUAGCGUUUAUGAUCCAGAAAUGGCCCGGACGGAUGUGCACCAUAGUUUCAAGGGCCCCUGGGAAGGAAUGGACGAUGCACUGGUCUGCCUCGUAAGACAACUACCACACAUCGUGAUCGUGAUCAAUUUCUGUAUCGAUUCUGAAUCAUUCAAAUUCGAAGACCUGGUAUCCGCUACUCUCUCUUGCCUGCCAAGACUAGUACUAGGCGAGCAGUGCAGGUUCGGAAUUGUAUGUGGGAAUGAAUGGGCUGAAGAUGUGAUUUUUGGAGGAGAAGUUCGGAGAGGGUCUGGGCGAUUUGAACAAUGGUUCGACUUCCCUCGGUAG